AUUUUGUAUAAAUUGCCUAGUUGUCAAUUUACAUCUGUUUAAAUUUUUAUUAAACAUGUAAAAGUAAAAUAUUUAUAUAUUUAUAAGCAUUCUAUAGAUAUCUGAUAAAGAGAGUCUGACCGAGGCUCAAUUCUCAGCAGCAAAAUGGUCAUGGAAAACAGUCUUUUAUCAAAAUAUGUAACAAUUUUCCUAGUUGUAAGUGGAUAUUGGGUAGUUUCAAUCACAACUGUUUUUGUGAACAAAACAUUAUUAAGUAAUAUUAAUUUAGAUGCACCUAUGUUUAUAAAUUUUACACAGACACUCAUUACAGCUGUUAUUUGUUACUUUAAGAAAAGUCUGAGUGAUGUUUACCCCAAUAAGUUCAACUUUCCAGAUAUAGAUGUAUGGGACAAGCAUACCCUUAAAGCAGUCAUGCCUUUGUCAAUCUUGUUUACAACUAUGAUCUGCACCAACAAUUUGUGUCUAAAGUAUGCAUCUGUUGCUUACUAUUAUAUCGGAAGAUCAUUAACUACCAUAUUUAAUGUUAUGUUUACAUUUUUAAUACUGGGAGAGACCACUUCAAAAAGUUGUAUAGCUUGUUGUGCAGUGAUUAUUUCUGGAUUUUGGUUAGGAGUAGAUCAAGAAAAUCUUGCAGGUAGCCUGUCCAUACCAGGAUUUGUUUUUGGAAUCCUGGGCUCUCUAUCUCUUUCAUUAUUUUCAAUUUUUACAAAAAAAGUUUUGCCAAAACUAAAUGGAGAAGUCUGGGCAUUAUCAUAUGUUAAUAAUGUUUACGCCAGUAUUCUUCUUUUGCCUGUAAUGAUAUUAAACAAUGAAAUUAAGGAGCUGUACAACUAUACUAAUUUCAGUAGCCCAUACUUUUGGUCCAUCGUUGUAGCAGGUGGAGUGUGUGGAUUUACCAUUGGAUUUUUUACCACAAUGCAAAUAAAAUAUACAUCGGCACUCACUCAUAAUAUAUCUGGUACUGCUAAAGCCUGCGCUCAAACAGUGCUGGCCACUUAUUGGUACCAAGAGACAAAAUCGUUUUUGUGGUGGAGCUCUAACAUCAUUGUCUUAUUUGGCAGUGCCUGCUACACUUGGAUUAAACAGAGAGACAUGGAAAAAAGACAUAGAGAAAAUAUUGCCUACCAAAGGGUUUGAGGGUACGACUGGUCGUUUUUCUUUGACUGAUAUUCCACGGCAGUAAUUUUAUCUGAUUUAUGUUUUAUUGUGAUAUGAACAGAGUUUAUAUUAUACUAUUUAAAAUAGAUUUAUACUCGUAUGUACAUAAAA